GUGACGGUGUGAGCGAGAGCACUGGCUACUUUGAUACCCCGCCGCCGGUCGAGCCCAGUCAACACACUACAGCGGCGGCCGUCACCAUCCCUUCUCCGCCGCGGCAGCCACCUCACCUGCGGCACGGUGGUGCUGGUCGCCGCUUCCCCUGGGGUACAAGCUCUUGCGGAGUUUGGUCAGGAGAUGGGAGGCGGGAGCUGCAGCGUCUGCAAGGAGGCGCCGUCAAAGUACAAGUGCCCCUCGUGCCGCACGCCCUAUUGCUCUGUCACAUGCUUUAAAAAGCACAAAGCAGAGGAAUCUUGCCAAAAGAUAUUGCUUCAGGAAGAUGUUAGCAAGUCACCACUGCAGGAGGAAGUUACACGGAGCUCUGGGUUGGUGGGAGAUGGAACAAAGUGCCCUAAUGACAAGGAUCAACAUCCCUCUUUAUCACCGAACACCACAUGCCCUGCAAAAUCUCCAAAUACAGUAUGCCCUACAAAAGCUCUUGAAGUUGAGGACCCAAGCUGGCUUGUUGACAACAAUAGACUAAGGUCUUUAGCGGAACUGAAAGAGAUCAAAGAUGCUCUGAGAGAUCCUGAGCUGCAGAAAAUGAUACUUAAAAUCGAUGGGUCUUCAGAACCAGAAAAGGAAUUGGAGAAAGUGAUGGAAGGUCAAGCUUUUCGCCAGUUCACCGAUAAGAUUCUUGACAUUGUCAGUCCACAAGAAUGAUCACCUAUCCUGUUUGGUGGAACUCUGAUGCAGGAGAAAAUAGAGGCAUCCGGGCAAACAAGGAAAAGCAGAGCAGCUCAUCUCUGUUUUUCAGUUCCAGGAUGGGGUUACCUGGUGUCUGGUGAAAGGAAUUUAUGGUUACUGCAAAAAAUCUCAGUUACCAAAGAUAUUUCCUAGUUGGUAGCAUCCUGCAUUUCGGUUCAGCGGCUUAUCCGAGAUAGUGUCGUAUGGACAACAACUCCAUACUGAUUGUCUGACUCUGUGGAAAGGAUGCUGGGAAAAAAAUAUAGGUGGAUGAUGCUUCCGUUGACCGAUUUAGGCGACCGUAUUUCUCAUGCGUGCUCUUGACAGAUGUGAGCUAAGUGGAACGAUCAAUGCGUGAGAAAGAUCUUGCGUAAUCUUUGUUUUC